AUGGUCGAGAGGCUGACGCCCAUUUUGAAGAAGGAGUACACGAAAAUGCGGCUUGCACAAGAGGUGGGACUCAAGUUGGCGGUCACUCUCCGCCACCUGGCAAUCUGCCAAGCCAUUAUCGACACAUACAAACCAGAAGUGAUGAAGUGCCCCAUGACACCAGAAGAAUGGAACGACGUAGCAAAACAAUUCGCCUCAAAGUGGAACUACUUCAAUUGUGUGGGAGCCCUGGAUGGGAAGCACGUCGUGAUCAAGACAUCCCAAAGGUGGAGGAUCACUGUACUUCAGUUACAAGAAGUUCCAUAG